AUGUCUUACCAGCAGCAUCAGUGCAAGCAGUCCUGCCAGUCACCUCCUGUGUUCAUACCUAAGUGCCUUGAGCCUUGCCCACCUAAGUGCCCUGAACCUUGCCCACCUCUAAAGUGUCUGGAGCCAUGUCCCAGUCCUCCAUGCCGACCUGUGCAGUGCCCACCUCCACUGUGCCAGCAGAAAUGUCCUCCUGUGCAUCCAUGCCCACCCUGCCAGCAGAAGUGUCCACCCAAGUAUAAGUAA